GCAGAAGAAAGGGAAGAUUUAGGGGGUACUAAUUGACUUAAAGAAGGAUAUGAACAAUCUGACGCUGAAUGGACUGAAAAAAUUGCCGCUGGGGUUCCGGUUCCAGCCGACCGACGAAGAGCUGGUGUUUCAGUACUUGAAAUGCAAGGUCUUCUCCUAUCCUUUGCCUACCUCCAUCAUCCCUGACCUCAAUGUCUGCAACUUUGAUCCCUGGGAUCUGCCUGGUGAGAUGGAGGAUGAGAAGUAUUUUUUCAGCACGAAGGAAGCAAAGUAUCGAACCGGGAACCGGAUAAACCGAGCGACUGCUUCGGGAUAUUGGAAGGCAACCGGUCCCGAUAAGCAAAUCAUAUCAAGGAGAAAUGAAGAAGGAGGGAUGAGAAAAUCCCUAGUUUUCCACAUGGGGAAGCCUCCACAUGGAUCAAGAACUGAUUGGAUCAUGCAUGAAUAUCGCCUAUUUACUCUAUCAAACAACCAGAAUUAUUUGAAUCAUGAGAUGGAAAAGUGGGUUCUGUGCCACGUAUUCUUGAAGAAAACAGGUAAGAAGAGUAGUGAUGAGGAGGAGAUUAUGCAGACUUUUUGUAACAAUAGUAACGAAAAAGUGAAAAAACCAAAGGCAUUGAUUCAUAAGAUGAAGCCAAAAUUGUUUGAUUUUAUGAGAGAAAAAGAUGGCAUAACAGCCGAGUCAUCUUCUUCUUCUUCAAGUUGGAGCAGUAAUAUCACUGAGGUUUCUUCAAGUGCAGGCAGCAUGCAAUAUUGA